AUGCUCGCCGUCUUGGACAAGGGAAAGGGCAAAGAAAAGGCCAUUGAUAAUGUUGACCAGGAGGAACGCCAUGAAGCUUCCUCCAAUUCUGGUUCAGACUCUGAAUCCGACUCUGAAUCCUCGACCUCUUCGUCUUCAUCAAGUUCGGAUUCGGAUUCCGAGUUCUCUGAUUCUGACGACGAACCAGAGAUAACAAAAGAAUAUCUGGACUCUCUUAUCGAAAAAGCAAAGCAGAAUGCUCUUGCAAAGCAACGACAGGUCGAAGAAGAGGAAGAAGUUUUGGUCCUGGAGUCAGAUCGACCUCUACCACCCCUCGACCCAGGAAAUCUUCCCAAGCCAUAUAUAGACCCAGGGUCCUCAAUACGCGAUAGAACGACCAAGCGAGAUCUAGAUGCUGAAGCCCUGGAACAAAAAACGACAGAGCUUCUGGUGCCUCAACCACCAAUUCCACCACCAGAACUCACAAAGUCAGGAAAACCGCUGACGAAGAAGGAAAAGAAGGCGUUGAAGAAAGUGACUGCAGGUCCAGACUGGUUCGACUUGCCAGCACCUGCAGAGGCGGAUUUACCUCGACUGUACCGGGAAGUGGAAGCUCUGCGAUUGAGAAACCAACUCGAUCCCAAACGUUUCUACCGAAAAGACGAGGGAGAAGGCAAGGGCAUCAAGGGCCUACCCAAGUACUUCGCGAUGGGAAAAGUCAUCACAAGCGACUCGCCAUUCGGUGCGACGACAUCGGAGAACCUUACUCGCGCCGACAGAAAACGGACGCUAGUGGACGAAUUGGUGGACGAUGCAGAGGCCAGGCGCUACGCCAAAAAGAAAUUCAACGACCUCCAAGGCGUGCGGGAAGCCAAGGGCAGGAAUACCUUGCGGACAAGGCAAAAUGCUCGAAGGCCCAAAUGGUAG